AAUUGUCAAGGAUGUGGUUGAAGGACCAUCUCAGAAUCUUUUGGAGUCAGUGGCUCACCGGAUUGCAAGUGCCACAUUGCUCAAGUUCUCUCAAAUAUCUGCUGUACGGGUUGAAGUUAAGAAACCUCAUGUUGCUGUACAAGGAAUUAUCGACUAUUUAGGUGUUGAGAUAGUUAGGUAUAGAAAGGACAUGGCAGGAAUUUCACCAUGAGCUCCACUGCACUAGCAUUCCGAGGAUGGCAUGUCCAUGUUCAAUCUGUCAAUGGCGCUGACUGCUCAACAUUGCGUUCCUUCAGAUGUAUAUACUGCAACAAUUCGUACUGAAUGUUGCUCUCAGAAGCUGUUCGGCUCAAAAUUGAUCUAGUUUUAUUGGAAUUGAAGUAGGCAAUUAAGUUUUUCCUCAAAGCUUGGAUGGAGAUGAAAUUCCGGCAUUGGAUACUUAUUAUUAGCUCGGUUGAUAUUUUCCAUAUUGCACCUUCCUUCCCAGAUGUCUGGUCUGCAGUUCUGUAAAUUUUGUACCAUUCUAUCAAAACUAUGAGCAAAUUUGAGCUGUCAUGUUGGACCCAUGUAAUAAGCUCAAAUUUAUUUACUGACAUCAGAAAUAUCAAUGGCUAUAAAACUUUCUUGUACUUAUGAAACCUCCAUGAAACUUCUUGCAUUGGGAUUUCCUUGGCUGUUGCGCCUUGGCUGUGAUACCUACGAAGUGCCUCCAGCAAUGUUCCGUUGGCUAGUUCCCCUUUUUUAUUGAAUACAGAUACACAGACUGAGCCAAUAAUAUCCUGUGGAAACCACCAAAGUCUUCUGAAGCAGGAGGAAAGUGACGUGGACAGUUGGAUUAGGUGAUCCUUACCUUUCUGGUUCCCCAUAGGCUCUCAAGGACAGGCUGCCUCUCCAUCCUUUUAGUUCCUUGCUUCGUCUCUACUCCUAAUCCUGAUUAAUGCCUUGCCUCUUUUUUGUACUCUCCUGCUGAAGCUUUCUGAAACCACUACAUCACUAUUUGUUUCUAUCUAACAUUUUGGGAGCACCGAGCUCUUCCAGCUUGCCGGGACGGAGUCUUCAUCAGGGCGCUUUCUUCACCACAGGCAGAGCAAUGGCGCCGGCAAAUGGUGAUGCUGCCGGACCAAGUUCCAGCCAGGAUGGCUUGGUAGCCACCAUGAAGAAGCGCAACAAGCCUCAGUAUCAUCAGUUUACUCAGCAGCAGCUUCCAGCUUGCAAGCCUAUACUGGCGCCUCAGACAGUUAUCCCUGUACUUUUGUUUGUGGGCAUAGUUUUUAUCCCGAUUGGCCUUGGUUGCAUUGCAGCAUCAAAUAGGGUUGUUAAAGUGGUCUAUCAAUAUGAAACUUCAUGUGUACCAGGAUACAUGAUUGACAACAAAAUUGCCUAUAUCCAAAAUCCUUCUAUAGAUAAGACCUGCACGAGGAUUCUCAAGGUUCCUAAGGAUAUGAAGCAACCAAUCUACAUAUAUUAUCAACUCGACAAGUUUUACCAGAACCAUAGAAGGUAUGUGACGAGCCGUAGCGAUAAGCAGCUGAGAAGUCCUAACGAGGUCAACAACACAGAGUCUUGCAAACCUGAAGCUACUGAGCAUGGAAGCCCCGUUGUCCCCUGCGGACUCGUAGCUUGGAGCCUGUUCAACGACACGUACAGCUUCGCUCGCGGCAAUGAGGUGCUGAUGGUUCACAAGCGAGGCAUUUCAUGGAGGAGCGAAAGGGAGGACAUUUUUGGGAAGCAAGUGUUUCCGAGGAAUUUUCAGAAUGGGACUCUAAUUGGUGGGGGCACACUUGACCCAAGAAUACCUCUGAGCAGGCAGGAGGACCUGAUCGUCUGGAUGCGAACCGCGGCGCUGCCAACAUUCCGGAAGCUGUACGGGAGGAUCGAGGUGGACCUCCACGCCGACGAGCUCACCGUGACUCUGCAGAACAACUACAACACGUACAACUUCGGCGGGAAGAAGACGCUGGUGCUGUCGACCGCCGGCGUGCUGGGAGGCAAGAGCGACUUCCUCGGCCGCGGGUACGUGGUCGUCGGCCUCGCCUGCCUCGCGCUGGCGAUGCUCCUGACGCUGCUCUACCUCGCCUUCCCACUGAAAGAGGAGCAUCUGGCGCUGCGGUACCCUUUGUCCGGCAGACCUGCACGGUGACCACGCAUGCCUAGAUCACGUACAGAUUGAAGCCGUUUCUUUUUCAGGCUUGGAUUCGGUUGGUGAUUCCUUGCAGGGAUCCAACGAAGAAUAACAGCUACAGAGCUGCGUCGUGUAUAUAUGCAUCCGACAGUAUAUUUACAUGCCACUGCCGCGCGUGCGGUUUGUACAUGUCUGAAGUUGGUUUGCUUCCCGUACAUUCAGAUUCAGACAUGUUGGCUGCCUGCUUACAUAUUUCAGAUUGAGCAGAUUCAAAUGCAUCAAGCAGUAUACAGAUUCAAUCGACACAUGUUUUGUGUUGAGAGAGAGAGA